CUCGUUGUUUCUCGACGCUGCUGCCGUGAAUGCCACGCCUGCUGCUUAUACCAUCUCCCACCUUGAUCGCUGUUGCUGCAACGACGUAACGGCGACGCGACGCCAACUUGAUACAUUCCGCAGCCCACAGCCUACUUUCCCCGCGACCGCGACCACGACACGCUACCCUACGCUUUUUCACGACUCGCUAAUUGUCCGGGUCUCUUGCGUGGACGAUCCCCAACGCCCACCUCAGUCUCGGUGAAUCUGCACUUCGUGAACGAUAGACACAAGCCCCUUCCAGCGCAGCGCACUGAGGCUACCGAGAAUCGCCGCCUAUCACUUAUGCGAGGAUGGCCACGACCGUGCUGACGAGGCCAUUGGAAUCGCUACGCACCGCAACACCUCCACCCCAGCUAUCCAUCAAUACCUCAACCCGAGGGACACCGGCGCCUGUCCCCAACAAACAUAUACCCUUCUGCUCACCCGGUCCUCGACCAGCCGCUCGUCAGCUUGAUACCCCGCCGGCCUCUCCGCCCUCGCCAACACAGUCCAUCGGGACAACUACCUUGACACAUCCACCCAUUGCCUUCGAGAAAGUCUUCAAUGACCCUCCAGUGUACUCUAUAUCAGCCGAGAAACUGUCUGAAGCUCUCGACCAUUUAGCUUCGCAACCCUUACCCGCGCCAAAGCAAGUCUUUCCAUGGCUUCACGGCCUGCAUGCCGACAACUCAUUACAACUGGCUUUCUUCAUAGCACGAAAGAAGUCGCUACGACGGACUCCAGCAUGCAUUCGAGCCAUCACUGUCGUGAAAGCAGGCGGUGAUCUGUCGCUUUGUCGCAUCAAGGGAGCAAUCGCUCCUGAAGAGUUGUUGAAGCCCUUGCCGGCUGCCAAGACUAAGCAGAUCGAAGAGCCCGAGUUCAUAGAGGCAGACCCCAAAGAGGGCUUCAGCGUCAGGAACUUUCACAUCCAGACUGCCAAGAUGGCCACCGUGAGCGAUAUCAUUGUGUAUGGCGAUGAGAAGACACCGCGAGAAGAGGUCGCCCGACUGGCGAAGAGGAUCUCGAGGGCUCAAUGGGUGUGGCAGAAGAAGGUGGAGGGCUCGAACAACACCACGCGAUCGUUCAAUACAUUCAUCCUGUCAUUCAUGGACUUCUUCCACUGGGAGCGCCUCGAAAUGUGCUCCAUGUCGGCUCCUAGUGAGAUCGCGCCUAAUGUCUGGAUGGGGCCUACACCGGAUCCAAACCUGGGAUGGGGCACUGAUGGCCUUGAUCUUUCUGACGAGCAGCAAAAUUUCGACAUACUUGUCGAAUGCAGCGAUAUCGCGCACAUUCCGGAGGACAAGUCUUUCAAGUACAUUGAAGACGCCCUGGAUCGGCGAGAGCGAGCCGACGUGAGCAAAGAGGGAAUGCUGACUCAAAUCGAAUUCCCAGGCUCAGGGGCCAUCAUGCUACCUACCUGGUCGCAGGCUGAAGUUGAUGGACUGCUUGCAAUGUGCCAGUGGAUUCACAACCAAGCUAAUUGUUCCUCGGGCAACGAGGCAAGAAAGCGUCGAGACAGCAAGCUGUCGCUGACACCGCCCCUUGAUGCCGAUGGCGAUAGUUUCAUGCGCAGUAGCGAGACGCGUGACUCGGGCAGGAAGAUCCUCAUCCACUGCACCGACGGCUACACGGAGACUUCACUCCUCGGAUUGGCCUACUACAUGUAUGCCAAUUGUGUUCCAGUCCACGAUGCUUGGCUGGAAUUGCAUCGCGAAAAGGGACGCAACUUCUUUGCAUACAGCUCAGAUGUCCACUUAUUGCGAGCGAUCCAGCCACGCAUCUUGCAGGCAUCCCCAAAGCACACCGGCGAUGUCCGCUCUUUGUGUCCAGCUUCGCCCGAGUGGUUGGAAAAGAUGGAUGGCUCGCUGCCGAGCAGAAUCUUGCCAUACAUGUAUCUGGGCAACCUUGGGCACGCCAACAACCCUGGUCUUCUGAAGGAGCUUGACAUUGGUCAGAUUUUGAGCGUGGGUGAACCAAUGACGUGGCCAAGCGAAGUCAUGGAGGAAUGGCCGAAGGAGAAUCUGAUGUUCAUCGAUAAAGUCCAGGAUAAUGGAGUCGAUCCUCUCACUGAUGAUUUUGGUCGAUGUUUGGAGUUUAUUGAAAACGGUCGCAAAAGAGGCAUCAAGACGUUGGUGCAUUGUCGCGUAGGGGUCUCUAGAUCCGCGACGAUCUGUAUCGCCGAGGUCAUGAACGAGCUGGGCUUGUCACUACCUCGAGCUUAUUGUUUUGUCCGAGCGAGGCGUUUGAAUGUUAUUAUUCAACCACAUCUUCGUUUUGCAUAUGAACUCCUCAAAUGGGAAGAGUUUCAAUGCCAGAAGCGCGGCAAGCCGCUACGCCGCGAACUCGAAUGGGCCACUAUUUCCCGUGAGAUUGCGGCCAUGAAUAAGCCGUACUCGCGGCAGGGAUAGCGUCUCGAUCAAUUACGACCGCGAUGCCUUCCUUUCUCGUUCGACUGGGUGCUCGAAAAGCUUGAUGGUUGGAUUCCAAGCUGGAUACCGAGAGACAUGUCGGAAUUGUUGAUGAUCUACGAUGUUACGAAGAUGUAUUUUGCAUGAUAUUUAUGCUGGCGAUUGGGGAUUCUUUUUUUUCGCUUUGGAGCGGGCUGUCGGAAUUCCAGCCUGCGGGCGGACGGUUUUGACUGUCAUUGUUUUUUUAUUCUUGUUCUUGAUGGGGCCUGGGAAUGGGUGUAUGAGUGUGCUUGAUGCAGGGCACCGCCGGUGGAUGCGCGGACUGCGGACUGCGCUGGAAAAGCUGGCUCUUUUUCACUUCUUGGGAUUGUGUUGUUGGUAUGGAUGGGAUCGGUCGGACUUGGUAGAUGAUUGUGAGUGAUGGUGUCAGAGGCG